AUGCUCCGGCAUGCUCAGCGUGCACAAGAACAGCGUCCUCUCAAGCGCCACGGUCAUCAUGGCCGGCUUCGCCUUGGCGGAGCUGACCCGCGAAAUUCCACAAGGCUAAUCCUGGAUGGUGCAAAGCAACUCAACUGUGACACCCCUAGAGCCGAGGGAGAGAUGGGUUGCAACAUUUUUGAGCUGGAAAUGCGCGGCAUCAAGCACGCAGAGGCCAUCCGUGUUCUGGUAGACUUCCUGUACGGAAGCCCGACGUGGACGCAGCAUCCAGUUUCGCAAGAGGUUUGCACGUCUUGCACCUUGCUUCAGAGCUCCGCCUGCCGAAGCUUCAGAGAGACCGCAAACUCGGAAGGGGUGGUUGGGACGAAAGAGGGAAAGGAUGGGAGGAGUCCUGCCCAUCUCAUGCCCAUCUCUUCCCUGGAGGCUCGCAAGCAAGAGAAUGCAAAGCCGGCCAGGCAGGCCGUUAAACCAUCUCCCCAAAAUUGA